UGUCCGGAACACAGGUCGCGCUGGUUCGCUUGACUCUGGAGUAGAGGCUAAUCAGUCAGUCCUUGCGCGGAGGUGUCUAGUCCAGCGUGUCAACAACACUGCAACCUGACACGGGAUAGCCAGCCAGUUGGCUAGCUAGUUAAACCAGCUAAGAUAGCUUUGUGGAUAGCCUCUGCAUAAGUUAGCUGUUAAUGUUCGUAGGUAUUUUGCUAAGUCGGCUAAAUACGUCGAGUUUGAAGUAGUUUCGAAAAGGACAAGAGGCUAACAGACUCCCGCUUGGUUCCUUUGAUUCCUGUCUCCUGUGUGAUAUGACAUCACUGCUUGGUUACAACAAGUGCCAGAGCUCUACAGCAGAUGGUUGACAUCUGGUCAGGUGCUGUUGAUGAGGAUGGCUGCUGAGGUGGAGGUUCAGACUGGAGAGGUAGGGAGGACGAUGGCGGGAGGACGACUUCACCUGAGUCCCCUGACUGGCUCCAGCAAUAAGAACCUCACUGAGAUCCCUUCCAUCAACCAGUCUCAUAUCAUCAAUCCAGAAACAAACAAACCUGUCCCUGCACCCAAGCCUCGGCUCACUCCCAAACCUUUUGUUGUGGAUAAAAACCCCACUAUUAAGCCAAUACCUGCUCCUAAGCCCCAAACCAAGCCCAGACCAGAGUCCACUCACCUAGCUGGAUACAAACCAGAGCUUCCAUCCAAUCAAAAACCACAGCAACCAGUUGCCACUGGCAAACCCAGACCGUUGUCAACCAACCUCAACCGCCCUCCCCCAGCCACCAUUAAAACCUCUAAUAAUUUGAACAGUGGACAAACAGCCAAGCCAGUAGUCCAGCCAUUUAAACCAGCCCCCCCUCUUGACCCUGGAGACCCCAGCAAACCCACUCCUCCUGUGCCAGCAGCAAGGCAGAAACCUGGUGCAUCAAGCUCAGUCCAUUCCAAGAGCCUGAAAACACUUCCAGCUGCAGAGUGGUCUGGAACUGCUGAAAAGGAAGAAGAGAAGCAGGACCAGAUAACAUCCGACAAAGAUGGGGCCUCCAUUACCAGAGCCAAGUCUCUGGGUUUUCUUGUUGAUGUAGAGCAAGAGAAGGAAGAAGAAGGGGAAAAAGGUCAACCUGUGCCACUGCGACCCCAGCCCAGAUGUGCAAGGCCCAGACCUGUAUCAGCCAUUUUUCUUGACAGUCCAACCAAGAGUGAGACACCAGUUCCUGCCCCUCGCUGGGGGGGUGGGAGACGGCCGCUUUCAGCCGAUCUCACAUCCAAGUUUGAGUCUAUUGGUCUUUCGCUACACCGUAAAACUCUUAAAGCAAACACUAAGGAGAACACCCCACAGGAGGAGGUACCACCACAGAAGAGAGAGGAAGAGAAAACCACACCCACACCACAAAGUCCUGCUCCUGAUGGUGUAGCUAAGCCUGUUGUCUCACACCAAAGCAACAAAAACACAGAAGAAAUGACUGUGAAAGAGACUGACGAGAAUAAGUGUGGGACUAGCAUCAAGUCACGCAUCAGUCUCCUCCUUGAUUCAUCCUCCUCUCCUGUGGAAAGUCCCACAAGCCAAGGGUCAGAUGUUCCCUCUCCAGUGCAGCCGACUCCUGAAACUGAGCCACCAGUGGGUGUGAAAAAGCUCAUUAAGCAGCUGAUCGAGGAUACAAUAUCAACACCAAGUCCUGUCACCAAACCAGCAGUGAAGGUCCGCCCCCUGCCCCUCGACCUAACUAAAAGGUUUUCAUCCGAGAGGUCACCAGACCUUGGCAGUGUUUCCCUUAGUGAGGCAACAGACCGCCAUGAGCUCAGCAAAGAUCCUCAGAGGAGGACUGAAGAGUCAGCUGUCACCCCCAGUGACCCAAGGACAUUUGUGGAUUUAAAAGAUUUUCAAGAGCAGCUCAUAAAGACCUCCACCCAUCCAGGACCUGAGGCAGGACAGCCGCUUGGCCUCACUUCCAAGGAAAGUAGUCCCGGUGAUGAAGUACAGACGGUGCGAGCAUCCUUGUUUGAUAAUUUUGUGGAGAGGCACAGUGUGGUGAUGGUGGACGAGGCUAAACCUGUAAACAAGACCAAGGAUUCACUCAGCAGUCCAUCAUUUAAAAGUGGAAAUAGUGAUCACAAGGGAACUCUGGUCACUGCCACCUACAAAGAGCCUGUAUCUCCGUCAAGUCCUUUGCAGGUGUUCCAUGCCUUUGACACAGUGCAAGCAGUCGAAGAAAACAGGGCAGUGAGUGAGAAUGUCCCCUCAGCUCUGUGGGAGGAUAAGGCCAUGACACUGCGCCCCAGGCGCUCAGAAGGGAGCGGGCUUACGGCAGAAGGGACUGGUUCAGCACAAGGAGAACCGGCCUUGGCCGUGAAACCAGAACAGCAUCCACGAUAUCUGAGAGUCAGAGCUCUGCAGAAGUGGGCCACGACAGAUCUUGACCAAGAUUCAGGUGUGGAGAAAGGGACACCAAAGGAAUCACAAAGGGAAGUGGCUUUGGACAAUGACAGAGACAGACAGAGACAGAUAGAGCAGGAGGAAGUGACAGCAGCACCUAAACGUCUGAAAAUGCUGCAGGCGGAAGAACAGCCGAAACCCAGGGCAACCUACUUUGCUUUGACUGGACAAAUACAGGAGACACUUUCUCCUGUAGGUGCAGAAGCAAAUAUGGGAGACAUGACUGUGCUCUCUGAAGACAUCUCUAUGAGGUCUGCUCUGGCUGGCUCUCAAGGGAGGACGUUUUCACUGAGGAGGAAUCCAUCAUUAGAAGAAGCUUUUGGAAAAACCUCUCAAUCUCAAGAUCUAGUCAAGGAGUUGAUGAUGAGGAGACACAUGUCACACAGGGAGAUCAGAUCAGCGUUGGAUACACAGACAGAGGAAAUGAUGGAGGUUGAAAAGAAAAUGGAACUGAAAAAGGAGACAGAGAAACACCUGGGUUAUAUGAAAGAGCUUGAGAGGGAAAAACAGAGACAGUUUGAACUAGAGAAACAAGCACAUUUACAAUUUGCACAAAUGAAGGAGAGAGAGAUGCAAAGAGAAUUUGAAAGGCAAAGGCAGAAAGCCUUCGAGAAGGAGAAACAAGAGUUGGAGCAGAAACAACUUGCACUGGAAAGACAGAAUCAGAUAGAGCUUGAAAAACAAAAACUGCAAGAAUUGGAGAGGGAGAAACAAAGGGAAAUGGAAAAAGAGAGGCGGCGGCAACUUGAGAGAGAAAAACAACAAGAACUGCAGAGACUGAGAGAGAUUGAAAGAGAGAAACUGCAAGAGCAGGAAAGGCAGAGGCAAAGACAAAGGGAGGAAGAGAGGCAGAGAGAGCUGGACAAGGAGAGACAGCAGCUGGAAAUCCAAAAAGAGAAACAGAGGAUGGAGGAGCUGGAGAGAAUUAAAGAGUUGGAGAGACAGCAGCUUUUAGAGCUUCAACAACAGAAGCAGAAAGAAAAGGAGAGGCAGCAGGUCGCCGAGCUCGAGAAGCAGAGACUUAGGGAAAAGAAGGAGAGAGAGGAUGCAGAGAAACUAAGACAGAUGGCACUAGAACAGGAAAUGUUGAUACUGAGAGAGCUUGAUAAAGAAAGAGAAAGACAAAGGGAAAUGGAGAAGGAGCACCAGAGAGAGAUUGAGAGGGAAAAGCAGAGAGAACUGGAGAGGCAGAGACAAAGAGACUUAGAAAGGGAGAGACAGAGACAACUAGAUGCUGAAAGCCAAGAAUUAGAAAACCAGAGGCUGAGACAGCGAGACCUGGAGAAAGAAAGGCAGAAGAGGGAUGAGGUAGAGAGGAUGAAAGAGAUGGAGAGAAGACAGCUUAUGGAAUUUGAAAAGCAAAAGCAGGUAGAGAGGGACAGGCAAAGAAUUUUGGAGUUUGAGAAAUGCAGACUAAGGGAGAAGAUGGAAAGGGACGAGGCAGAUAAAAUGAGACAGGUCGCCAAACAGCAAGAAGCAGAGAGGCAGCGCCUGAAAGAGAAGCAGAGGAAAGAGGAGCAGGAAAGGGUGAGGUUAGAGUCUUCAUCUCUAAGACCUAAAGUGGUGGAUUUGGACUCCGUGCUUCGAAAUGACCCAAUUUCCAAGGCUCCUUCUCAACGCAGUGACCACACCGUGCGAUGGAAGGAGCCGUCUCCCAGAGCAGAAGAGUCUUACAAACCUGGCAUCCUAGACAUAGACUCUUUCACAUCUCAGUCACAGAUCUCCCCCAGUAAAGACUUUUCUUUUUCUAGUGUUCAGGGCGUAGACUCUGGGUCUGGGGCCAGAUUGCAGCCCACACCUGAGAGAGAUAUUAUUUGGAAGGUGCCACCGCAGACUUCAUUAGGUUUCUCCAGCGCAGUAUGGACAACGUCUGCUCAGGACCCAUGGGAGCGGCGACCUGUUGAGAUGCUUGUGGAUGAACCCAGACAGCAGGUUAACAAAUUCAGUCAAGAGCACCUCCUCAGGCAGGAGGAGCGGCUCCUGGCUCCACAGAGGCACUUCUCUUCUAUGCAGGAUGAGCACUUGGCCCCUUCUCCUGGAGCCAAAACUGGUAGCCUCCCUUCUGGAGCCUCCAGCAGCGCUCCUGCAGAGCAGAUCUGGAUCCCCAGAGAGCCACAGCCUCAAGACAGCAAGCGAGGGGCCCAGAGCCGCAGGAAGUCACAUGGGUCACAGGAGCUGAACAGGAUGCGUUCACGCAGUGUGUCACGGCGAUCAGCUCCUUCAGGCGGUGGCGUGGAGGGAAGCCUUUCCAGGAUGAGGAGUCACAGUGCCCACAGACAGCAGGAGCGCAACAGCUGGGCGCAGCAGAAGCAAAGUGCCCAAGGUGAAGAGGAGAGGAAGGACUCACAAACUCCGGUCCAUGAGACUGAUAGUCAGUAUGGGACGUGGGAGACGGGACUGCGCACUGAUGACAGCCUCACUCCUGCCUCUCCCAGCUCAGAGAGCACCCUCAGCCCUUCACCAAGGAAGCCCACUCCCCCACACACGCCAGGUGCACAUGGUUCACGGUUUGAGAGUGAGAGUGUGGAUGGCCCCCUUCCUUCGUCCACAUCUGACAUCCAGCCGCUCGCUUUCCCUGAUGCUCCAACUGCUCUGUUGGACACUAGCGCUCUCCGUUCCAAAGCCCAGCUGGGGAAGAGACGAGCCCCGCGGGCACGGCCCUCCAGAGCUACACAUCACAGUCUCACCCAGGCAGAGGGAGAGGGAGAAACCACUGAGGACUGGCUUUACCGAGACUCCACUGACGGAAAGGUUGAGAGUAAGGAUGAUGACUCGGACUCUGAGGAGCCAAACAGAAGAGCUGACUCCAGCCCUGCCGUUGCCUCCCAGCCACAGAGAAUCGCCAUGUUCCCUGGGAUGGAUCCUUCAGCUUUAAAGGCCCAGCUGAAGAAGAGGGGCGAUUCUGACUGUCAAAUCGACGGAUCUACUCAGCUCUCUCGCUCCCCCAAGUCACCCUUCCUUCCACAUGCAGCGCGUGUGCUGCCCACACCUGGCGGGAAAGAAAAUGGUGUGGAGGACUCACCCCAGUGGUUAAAAGAGCUGAAGUCCAAGAAGCGCUUGAGUCAGUAUGAAAAUGAAUGCUAAGUAAAUAAGGUUGCCUUAACAGAUGAAUCUAUAUAAACAGAAGCCUUAAUGUUUGACCCAGAGAGUUGGAGAGGUGAACCUAGAGCUGCUGAUGUAUUUUUGUUUUUGUGUUCUCUUCCCAUCUGGGCUGAUAAAUGUGCAUGGUGCCUUUUUAAUGGAGUGUCUGUCUAAUGGAAAAAGAAAACAAGCAAGGAGAAGAAACCCACCAGGCUGCUCUGCUUUAUCAUUUCAUUCUUGAGCCUGCGCAAACUCUCCUGCACUAGGAGGGGUUCACAUGACCAUUUUCAUGGGGACCAGGAAAAGUGGGAGGAUGAGGAGAAAAAGCCAUUACUGGCAGUAAUGGUUAACUUGUGGGACCACACCGCCCGCCCUCUUCAUCCUGGACCUGCUUCAUCCCAUGCUGGAGAACAACCUAGCCAGUCCUCCAAAAGAUGUUUGCCUUCAGUCUCCUAACUACACUGUACAGCACAUGUGUGUGGUUUGUUCAUGGGAGUCAUACAAGCAAUGCCAGAAGAUCACAUUUCAAGCACUAAGAACGUAGAGAACAAAAUCACCUCUGAAUUGACUGUCUGGGAGUGUAUGUCAUGUUGGUAACCGGAAUCAGGAGAUAUAUUUGUAUAAUCAUUGAUUUAACAAAGACAGAGAGCUAGUUUUGAAAAUGUUAUGAUGCAUCACUCCACAGCCUUUUACUUGGAUACUCUCCACAACCUAAUAGUGUCACAGUUGCUGCAUAAUGUACAGUGUAUAUAUAUAUAUAUAUAUAAUUUUUGUUGUUGUUUAUACAUCUAUUUGUCUUUAAUGAAGAUCGAUAAGGGGGACGAUGGGCCAAGUGACUUUGCAUCUGUCAAUCAUGCACACUCCUAAUCAGCACAAAUACACUCGACUUGUUUUAUGAAAACACUAAUGAGCCUGUCUUCCCAUCUUUAAUAGAUGGACUGAUUGUAGCUAUCAGCAUCCAUUACAAGCCAUACUUAACACCUCAUAGCCCUCGUACACUUAGUUGUGUUUCAACAAUGGUUUCCCAAUGAAUGUGCAAUUUUCCUUCUUUCAAGCCCAUUAAUGUGCUUGCACAGUCUUUGCUGUCAUAGCAGGCUUUGCUCAAACUGACAGGGUUUAUACUACUCCAAUGGAGGGACGGGUUGUUCACUACAUUGUUACUUUUAUAAUACUUCAAAUAAAUGAGACUGUUUACACCCGCUUUAGAGUUUAACUGUAACCUUCCUUCUUGCUCACUCACUGUGCGCUUCUGUACAGCACUUUGUCACUUGAUGCACUAGAGCACUGACGUCUGACCCCUCUUUUUGGCCAUGUCUUAUCUCCUGUGGUGUUGCUCUGCUAUGUACAUGGAUGUUUUACUUUGUCAUAAAAUUUGAGGGUUUAUUUUUGUCCUUUUUUUAUUUGAGAGUAUAUUGCACUGUGUUGUAUUGACCAGUGUCCUAUAAAUUCUUAAUAAAAUGUACUUGAUUUGA